GAGCAGUGCCGUGACUUCCGUGUGCCACCACCUUUAGAGCCGCUCUUGCCACCAGACGACUUCUUGGCCGACGGGGAUGUGGUGCAAUGGGCUCCGGACCUGACUGUAAAGUGCUUGCAUUGCCCCGGUCACACACCUGGCUCUAUGUCGUACUACUUCGAACAGCACAAGCUCGUCUGCCCAGGGGAUACAUUGUUCCAGGGCUCAGUUGGAAGGACAAAUUGGGCAGGGAUUCCCUCGCUCCAAGGCACCUCGGAUUCAAACCAGAUCAUUGGAAGUAUAAAGACAAAGCUUCUUACCCUUGAUGGCGAUGUGAGAGUGAUUUCGGGACAUGGACCAGAUACCACUAUUGCAGAUGAGCGAGCCCACAAUCGCUUUGUCCGAUGA